AAGCUACAGUGUCGGCUGCCCCAUAGCCAAGAGUAGGGAAUCUGCCUGCCAUUUUCCCAUUAUUCUAUCAACCAUCAACGCUUUCAACGAGAGAACGAAUUUUCUACGUGAACUUGAAAACGUGAUUUCUGAAAGAAAUUCAUCAUGACAACUGCAAUUCCGGUCAAUGGGGUUAAAAGGUUUAAGCCGGGAAAAAUAAUCGAUAUCGACAUAUUUUACAAGAUCAGCCAGCAGGUGGCUGACCUUCAGAUGACGUUCACCGAAAGGAUUGGUCAACUGGAGAGCAAAGUGGAUUUGCUGAUGUCCCUCUACACGGCACUCACCGACAAAAUCGACAACGAUGAACUGAACUUGGUGAAGCACGACCUCGAGGUGUCCAGGGAGCACGAAUGCUGCAAGGAGAACCUCCUUAAGCUGGCCAAUAUCGAAAGCAUGUUCGAGAAAUUCAUCGAAGUCAGCACUGUCGAGUGUCAGCGAAAUGUCAAACAUGAUGAGAGCACUUCAUCGCAGCUGACCGUGCUUCUACCCCAGAAAAAGCCGAGCGUUCGAGCACAGUUGAGUUUGGAUUCGAGUAUUCAGGCGAUCACACUGAAUACUGAGACGGACUACCCGGAUGGCUGCUGGUUGGGAGAUGAAAACAACCCAGAAGCUCGAGUUCGAGUUCCUAUCACCCCAACGCAACUGGUUCACAUUGACACUCACUGCACCACACCCAGUAAAAUGGCUAUUGUAUUAGUGGACUACCUGUUUCCAAGAGAAGUAUUGGCCAUUUCGAAUUUAUCUGGCAAAGGAAAACAUUGCAAGAAACAGUUGGAUCCAUUGAUGAUUUACGGAAUCCGAUGUCAUCUGUUCCACAAAUUCAAUAUAACAGAAAAAGAAUGGUACAGAAUCAAACAAAAUAUUGAUUCAAAAUGCAGAUCAGCAUGGCAUAGAAAAGCCAAAGGAAUGUUCUUGGGAGAUAACAAGGUAAAGUUUCAUUUCUUCUUCAUGCUUCCGUUGAUGAUACUGUACUUCUUGUAUUUAUGGGAAUCUGUUCAAGCUUUUAAAUGUCUGGAUAGAAAUUCAGACAAAAUGAAUUUGCUUUUAACGAUCGAUCUAUUUAACUUUGUAUAAUCUUGCCAGAUUUCA